AUGCCUGGCUGUGCCGCAGUUAAUUCUAGUAAUCGGGUUGAUAAGGGCUACAGGCUCUUCUCGUUCCCGAAGGGUAAACGUGGAGAUAAAUGGGUUGACAAUAUGCGACGAGAUAAGUGGACACCGACCACUUCUUCGCAAUUGUGUGAGGUACAUUUUGAAGAUUCCCAAUUCGAAGCUCACCGCAUUGAUGGCUGGAGAAAACUUAAACCGAAUGCAGUCCCAACGCUUUUCGAUGUGCCCAACCCCCCGCCACGAAUCAACCCACCUAAACGAAAAUCACUGUACAAGAAUCGUGACGAAAACGCAACGCCUGCUCAAGUAACAAUAGUUAAUAGUUUUGACCGAUCGGUGCUUCAAGAAUUGUUUAACCAAGAAAAAGCUACUGAGGAGUGUGACAAGCCAUUUGAAAUAACGCAACAGCUGGAACGAGUCUUCGAUCUGCACACACCCGUAACAGAUGCAACGGAAACACGAGAAUGUGAGGAACAGGUCACUUUUUUAAACAACAAAAAUUGCGACUUGGAGCUACGAUUAAAUGCAGCACAAGAGAACUUUCAACAUUUACAACAGCAAACCAGCUUAUACGAAUCAGUGGCUGCGGAAAACAGAGCAUUGCGGGAGCAGAUACACGAAAUGGAAAGAAUACGUAAAUCAUUUUUGUCUGACGCUCAAAUGCAAAUGCUACAAAAAGGUCGUAUGUCCGCCUGGCCAAAUGAAGCUAUUAUUAAGGGUUUAAAAUUUAGAUUUGUUCUUUCCAAUCACGGUUAUCAAUACAUUCGUAAUACAGGCUAUCCUUUACCUUCAUAUUCUACGAUUAUGCGUAGAAUUCAAGAUUACAAAAUUGAUUUUGGAAUUUUCGACGAUGUUAUCCAGCUGCUAAAAUUCAAAGUCGAAGCAAUGGAUUCAACAGAUAAAUAUUGCAUUUUAUCAUAUGAUAAAAUGCAAAUUAGUAAACAACACGAUUAUGAUAAAAAUGUUGGAAAAUUUGUUGGUCAUGAAACUUUGGAUAAUUGCAGUGAUAACUUCGAGAAAAACUAUUUGUUGUAG